AUGGGUACAUGUGAUAGGUCAGACUUUUUAAAUACCUUCUUAAACAUCCAGAAUAAAGACACUGUUGAAUCACUUUCCUUUGAACUUUCCCAGGUACCACAGUUCAAAGCCAAGCCACUGCCAGAUUUUGACAGUGUGGUCCUACCUGAAAAGAAAAAGCUGGAGCCAACGAAGCCAGAACCCUUCAGACUGCUCCUGGAUGAGCGUGGCGCUGUCAGGAGCAGUCGCUGGGAACAGAUGGUAAAAGAAGAGCAGAAACAACAAGAACAGGCGACAGUAUUCAAAGCCAGGCCCAACACUGUCACUCAUAAAGAGCCUUUCCAACCCAAAAAGGAGGAUCACGCUGCAGCAGGUAAGACUGUUAACACAGAUCACCAACCCUAACCCAGCUUUAUUUACACCUAUCUGAGAUCUUCAUAGUCUAGAAAAAUGCAUAUUACUGACUGAGGCCUCAAACAGGUCUUAGCAAAACUUUGUAC